CCAUAUUACCUUGCUAGCAGGUUGCAGGCUAACUGAACGGAGGCAGUGCAGUGCGGCUUCUCGGGGAUGUCCCACCCUUUCUAACACGGACUCAGGACUCCGAGGCUUUCAGCGGCUCGACACUUUCAGGACUCACCUCCAAACUUUGUGCGACAUGACGACGCGGUCGGAGAGAGAAAAAGCACAGAAACUGAACGAACAGCAUCAGGCCAUUCUGACCAAACUGCUGAGAGAAGAAGACAACAAGUACUGCGCUGACUGUGAAGCGAAAGGUCCUCGAUGGGCAUCAUGGAACCUUGGCGUGUUCAUGUGUAUCCGCUGUGCCGGCAUCCACCGUAACCUGGGCGUCCACAUAUCCAGAGUAAAAUCUGUCAAUCUGGACCAGUGGACACCUGAGCAGAUCCAGAGCAUGGUGGACAUGGGCAACACCAGGGCCAGACAGCUGUAUGAAGCCCACCUACCGGAGAGCUUCAGACGACCACAGACAGACCAAGCAGUGGAAGUCUUCAUCCGGGACAAGUAUGAGAGGAAAAAGUACUAUGACAAAGAGGCUGCAGCCACAGCUCCACUGAAGUCAUGUGAAGCUGCUCCUUCCUCCAGCUCGCCGUCCUCCCAGGCUGACAGAACUAGACAUGAGAAGGAGCGUGAAAAGAAGAAAGAGGAGAAGAAGAAAGAGAAGGACUCUGACAAAGUGGACAGACACAACAACACAAAGCAGUCGGAGUGCAGAGCCAGCCCCAAGAAAAGCACAGAGCCGGCCGUGGACCUGCUGGGUCUGGAUGCUCCAGAGGGUGGUGGAAAAAGCUCAGGUGGCGCUGUACCAAUCAGUGAUGAAAUGGAUAUCUUUGGACCAAUGGUCUCCAACCCUCUCCCUUCCUCCCACAACGCACAGCAGGCUCAGUCUAGAUCCAGUACAGCACCUGCACAGGUGGAUCCCUCCACCUCCUCCUCAGUCUCCUCCUCUACCUCCACCACUACCACUACCAAGGCAGAGGAGAAGAAGCUUUUAUCUAAGGACUCCAUUCUGUCUCUGUAUGCCAGCAGCUCAGUGGGCAGUCAGCCGCAGAGCCAGCAACAGCCGGCUCCAGGACAAGCAGGUAUGUACAUGGGACAGCCUCAGAUGCCGUUCACUCCUCAGGGCUUCGCCCCAGCGAUGGCAGGAGGGAUCCCUCCUACCACCAUGAUGGGUGGAGGGGCCAUGAUGUCUGGCAUGGCGUUGCCGAAUGGCGGCUAUGUGGGCAUGCAGCAGGGUGUGCUGCCAGCAAACCAAGGACAGAACAUGUACAACAUGCAGCAAGGACAGCAGCAAGGACAGUGGAAUAUGAGCCAGAUGACCCAGCAGAUGUCAGGCAUGGCUCUGAGCGGUGGAGGGCCAACGCCUGGCACUUUGAACCAGUCAGGCGCCCCCUCGGCUGGUUGGCCCGCUGCUCCACCGCCAGCCUCAGGCCAGACCCUCAGCACCCAGCUGUGGAAGUGACGAGGACAGGGUCCAGGGGAGGAGUUGGUGGAGGCGGGGGGCAGUGAAGGGCAGUCACAUGGCAGCAAAACAGCCAAAUUUGCUCCCAACUCACCCAUCUCCUCACAGGUCCAAAUAAACAACGCACAGCGGGGGCAGUUUGGCUGCCCAAAAUGCCCCUCCCAAACCCAACACACCUUCACCGUGGUUCCUUUAAAAAGCCAAGACAGCAUCACAGUGGACGGAGUGAGAGAAAAAAAAAAAGACCGGCAGCUGUCGUCUCGCGUCUUUAUUUAACUGUUCUUCUUUUCUGGUUUAUUUUUGUUGUUGUUGUCUGAAGAACGAGACAAAAACAGCAGAGCAGGCAGAACAGAACACUGCUGGACCAACAUCAAGUGUCUGUGAUACAAAUAUUAUAUCAUUACCAAAAUGGAUAGUUAGUGAAUAGUCUUUCAGUACUUACAGUAGAUAUGGCUAUCUUGUGGUUGGUCUAUGCUACCCUGUCCUCACCCCUCUCUCUGCAGUGCUUAUUGUAACCCUCUCCCCCCUCUCUCCUCUCUCCUUCCUCCCUCUGUAGGGCGAGCAGAGCCUCGCAGCAGAUAAUUGUCAGAGCAGUACUGUAUUUAUGUGAAAAUGAUGUGAAGCCUCCCGCGUUUUCAGAGCCACAGGAGAGAAGUCGAUGCUUUGACUCUGGACAGCCUCGUGUGAUUUGAGUUUAUUCAUCUUGUGAAGCUCCAUUGGGGGAAAUGAAGCGGAGAUGAGGCUCUCCUGCGAAGUUUAACUCUGCUAAAUGAGGUCUGACUGACAUGGGUUUAAAGCUGCUUAUAUAGAAUGUGUUACUUUGCACUGACAGUCACCAAGUUCAAUUAUUUUCCCACAAAGACUUCCAAACUAUUAAGUCAAGCUUUGUCUUAUUACAAUCACUGCAGGUUCAGUUUAUUCCCACAGCAGCCAGUGUACUGAUUAUAUUCACCAGUGGUUUCCAAUUGCAGGGCUGGAACCCUCCUGGGUUCAUAGUACAUCUGAGAAUUUAUUGGAACAAAUAUUAAGAAACAAAACACACAUUAGCAGCACAAAUUGUUCAUUUUUUUUCUUUUUUGGUUUUUGUUUUUAAAUACUGUGGUUUUAACUUGAGAAAAAAAAAGAACUGGAUCACUUGCAGGGCUUUGUUCUGCAUAUUUAAAAAUUAUUGGAUGUCUCAUGCAGCUGCAGUAAUUAGAUAAUUUGGAGUGUACACUUAUUCACGCUCUUGCUGAGAGCGAAAUGGACAAAUUCCUCUCAUGUUGUGUUAAAUUAGGAGCUUAAAGUUCGAAGAAAAUUAUUUUAGCUUAGCAUAAAGAUCGGAAAAAGGGGAAACAGCUGGCAUAGUUCAGUGUAAUAUUUUAACGAAAACAUCUUUUUUAAAUUGUACACAAACAGUAAUAUAAAAGAUGUGCAGCAUCUUUGCUGUUUACUGUUGCUGCAGUUGACUGUUCACUGAUAAAUAGUUCCAGUUACACGUAAAACCAUUUACAUUUCUGUGUCUCAACUAAACAUCAAAAUACUCUAUGCGUUAAUGACUUUUAGAGAUGUUUUACCCUUUAAAUUUUUUGACAGAGACUUGGGCAGCAAUUAACAAUUAUUUUAUUGUCUAUUAUAUUGGUCAAUUAGCUUUCCGAAAGUCUGUGUGUCCCCCCCAGUCAGAAGAUAUUGAGUUUACUGUCAUAGAGGAGGAAAUAAACCAGAAAAUAUUCACAUUUAAGAAGCUGGAUUCCUACAAUUUAGCCUUGUUUGAUUAACUGUUGCAGGUUUGUCCCUGCUUCCAGUAAUUAUGCUAAGCUAAAUUAGUAGCCUCCUGGUGCUAGCUCCAGCUGUAACACAGCUAUUUCCUGAAAUGUUGGUUUAAAUAGAGCACACACAUGCUCACUGACUGGUGUGCUUCUGCUCUCCAUCACCCAGCAGCUGCCUGGCUAGCAUUAGCUAUAUAACCUACAUGGCAGGGACAGGAUGAAAGUAAAAAUCACACACUCUUUACUUUAAACUCAUAGCUUCAUCUCUCAUAACAUAGACAUAAAUGUCAUGAACAGAAACACAGAAGUGCAGAUCAGAGUCUUUUGUAGGUCUAACCAUUUCACCGACACGUAAAUUUGCUAAAACUGCCCUACUCUCAGCACAGUCUGCAGCUAACGAAGCCAGUUAUCCGUCAUGUCGUAUUUGGACUGAAGACACCCUUUUUUAAUAAUUCUGUUUUUAUUAUGGAGACACAGUGUGAAAUAAAAGAUCUAAUUAUUUCCCUCUAUUUCCUGCAUAGUCAUGAUUAGAAAUGCCUUUUGCUUAAAAUGGCCAAAAGUCAAAAAGGUUCAGAACGCUACAUUAUUCAGUGUGUGUACUUUUAUCAGCAGAUGAAUAUUUUGGUUCAACCCUACUUCUCAAACCUCCUGCUGGUUAAAAACACCCCAGAUCUUCAAAUGUGUGAGUAAUUGCUGGGCGGGCCCCUGGUCCCCUGGGUGUCUUUGGUAGCUUUGCUGUGAUGUUUGUAAGUGUUUUAAAACUAGACGAGCUGGGUUCAGUAGAAACUGGACUCCGACCCAGUUGAGACAUUCCUCGUUGUUGAAAUGAGCCAUUCCCGCCCCUGCCAAUCGUGCUCCCGGAGGCAAUUUAAGGAAGUACUUGAAUCAUAGCGGUUUGUCUUUACUGCACUUCACUUUAUAUAGCAAAGCAGGUGCUAUAUCUCGUGCUGUGUUCUGCUUUCAUGUCUCAGAUGGUUGUCAGGGAGCAGAUUAGCUAACUUGUCAGUUUGCUUCCUGCUGCCGGGUCGGAAAUCCAACUUUUUAUUUCAAAUUCUGGACCAGUGUGACACCCACAGUGUUUCUCCUUCCAUAUAUGACGCUAUAACUGUAUGUUCUGCCAUCCGCCAUCUUUAUUGUGGUGUUUUGUUGUGUGCAGUACAAGAGAAGCACAGUUACUCUACAGCAAAUAAACCUGGACGACCAAUCAGAGGGCUAGACUGGCAGGACGACGAAGAGGACUGGACAGUGCUGAAGGAAGGGGACCUGUAUGAAAACCCUGGAUGGGUCCCAUCAUCACUGUCCAGCCCUUGUAAGAACAGACAAGCAAAACACACAUACACACUCAUAUGCACACAGACCACACUGCCGAGCGCCGAAGCAGAGAUUCAUGUCCAUAUACACAGGGUCCCUCUGCCAUGCAAUAACUGUAGCACUCUGUGUGUGAGCGACACGUAAAAAUACUCAAUAAAUCCACGAUGUCCUCCAGGUUUAUUUCCAGUGUGUUUACAUUUUCUGGUGCCUAGUACAGAGAAACAAAGUGGUUUUGUGCAUUAAAACCGUAAAUAUACAGGAGUUUUUCUGUGUUCAUCUUCUUCCAAUGACUACUCUGAAAGUACUGUUUUAUCUUUGGAGAAAUUUGUUUGUUUGCUCCUUUUUUCUGUUCCUGUUUACAGGAGGGUCAUUUGGAAUAAAGGCUGUUGAAUCCUG